AUGAUCCUGCCUGACCUGCCUCCAGAAAUUAUUUAUCUGAUAGCAUCUUAUUUCUCGACCGCUAGCGCCCUGGUCAAUCUUGCCCAGACGUGUCACCGCCUCCACACAGUCGUUGCAGCCGAGGACUGGCGGAUUUUUCGAGCCUUCGUCAAGAGUCGGUUUCCCUACGUGCAGGACUCACCCUUUUGGAAGGAUGCCGCCCAGGCCCUCACAACCAGAUCGCGGGCGCUGGACAGAUACGGGGUAGUCGGGCGAUUUGUGUUGCCACAUAAAAAGGCCGUCAAGCUUGGAUCCCACCGCGCAAGCAGACGCGACAACCCUACUAUUGGAUACCGUCCUGCCAUUGACUCGUACGAAACCUGGAAUGUUGCUGGGUGGAAAGACCACAAGGAGGUGCUAGCCUGGGGCGCAGCGGACGAGGUGGUCCUGCGGAUCCGAGAACAAGACAAACGGCCCAAAGAGAGGUGGUUCGUGUUCAAUGAUCUGGACCACAUCAGUAGUUUAGAUGACAUCUGUGGGCUUCACCUCCUGAGACCCGACCACUACAGCAAACAGGACGAUAAGGAGCAGAUGAUUGUGGGCCGUCUGCGCGGCGAACUCCUUCAUCUUGCAAUAACGCCAGACCAGGCAACCUGGGAGUACAAGCAAAAGUUUGUGACCCACGGUCCGGAACUCGAGCGCAUUGAUCUGAGCACUGGCUCCGAACCGAUUCUUGCUGCCCACAUGAGCCAUGGAGCGAUCUCGUUCUACAGCACUACCACCGAUGAAAGCGAGGUUCACGCGUUUGCCCGCAUUCGGGUUGACCCUUAUAACUCGCAGAGAAAUAAGUACUCGAAAUUUCUAUCGUCGAAUCGCUUUGCAGUCGAGACUGGCCGCUCCGACGAUGCAUUAGCUAUCUCUAAGGUCACCCAGGAGCGGUUGUCUUUAGAGCGCGAGAUUGGGGUGGAAUCCUUAGAGCUGGAAGACCAGCUCGGACCGGCUCCCAAGCCGACUGUUAGUGGAAUUGCGCCUCUGGAGAUACAAGCCUGCGGGAGACCCUCGGGGGAUGUAUUCCUCGCGGCCUGGGGUGACCGCGCGGUCAGACUCCAUGAUCUCCGCUCGCACAAGUCCUUCGAGAGCAUCUACCGAGACUCCAGCGACCAGAACCCCAUAUACUGCGUCCAUUCGUUCGGGUACGACAAUUUCGCCGCCGGAGCGGGAGGCGAGGGCGUAGUCAAGCUCUUUGACCUCCGCAUGCCAAAGAACUACAACUACCUCGAAGCAAGACCAUCCUCCCGCGUGUCCCAGAACAACAACCACGCCACCCGGCGCAAUUCCACCACCCAAAGACACCACCACUACCAUCCCAGAGGAGGUCUCUCCCUAUUCCUCUCCCACCCACCGCCUCUUCGAACGAAUGCGCCUCGCGCCCGUUCGACACAUCGCUACCGCGGACCCAUCUACACCAUGUCCUCGCCCUCCAUCCUGUCCCCAACCAUCUACACCGGCGUUGCCGACGGCGUAUUCCGGCUAGACUUUGCCUCCACGGACGAUCUGACGGGCCCUUGCCGACAAUGGUACCACAGCCAGCUCGGCCUGGACCUCAACAACAGCAACAGCACCAAUAACAACGACCACAGCUCUUCCCGACGCCCCGACCGCAUCCUAGAGCUAUCCGGAUACGAGCGCCCAGAUCCCCAGCACCACUCCCGCUCCCUGAAGCUGCGGACCCAGCAGCCGUUUUCGUCCAUCGGGGCUGACGACGUCGCCAAUGAGCGGGAAACGGGCUGGGAUCGGAGGUGGGAGCGUCUGGAGCAACCUGGUGCGUGGAGGCGUAGCGAUUAG